AUGACCGACGCAGCUCUGGCUCCCCCUACUCCGCGCGAUUCCGACCCCGAGAACCUCGGCGACAUACCCGAUAUACGAAGCGCAGAGGCGAAAGACGUGCAAAAAGACGCGCAGAAAGCGCCGUCGCUGGAUGUAAAAGCGCUUACCGACCGCACUCUACAUUUCUUGGCGACUGCCAGCAAUGAAACGCUUGGAGCAUGUCUCGUAGGCCUCAGCGCGGGCACAUACCUUAUACUCGGCCGAGUCGGACUUGUGCUAAUAGGCGUCGUGGGCGGCGUAGUGCUGCAUGCGACAUGGGAAGGAAAUGCGCAUAAUGGCAAAGGCAGCGAACAGCAGGGCAAGAACCCCGACACGCGGCGACGGGAGCUGGCAGUAGAUGUGGCGCACAGAAUACUCGACUGGCGGGACAGCAACCGGGGUCAAGAAAAGAGCUCGCGCGAAGACGACAACUCAGACCUGUCGCUGAAGCUGUACUCUGGCAAGCCGCUCGACUACUCCGAGUUCAAGCCGGAGACGGCAGCAGCGCUCACAGAGCUGACGGAUGCCGUGAUACGCGACUAUGUCAAAUGGUGGUACGCUCCAGUCUUGCCCUUCGAAGAAUCUUUUCCCGACUCGUGUCGCCAGACCCUGACUGCUUUCGUUCUGUCUGUAUCAAACCACCUGUCCCGCAAGCGACCAGCCGACAACUUUGUUGAUUUUGUGACGCGGUCGUCUUCGUUCAUGAUUAUACUGCUGCAAGAGCUCUCGACAGCAGUCAUGGCAUCGCCAGGGGACGCUCCAUCAGAAGCGGUUGACAUAUAUCUCAAGAUGAAGAGAGACAGUCAGCUGGCGAGCAUGCUUGACCCUGCAUACCAGGCGAAGCAGUUCAGCAUGGCGACUGAAGACGUUUUGCAGAACUAUCUGGAGCACAAGACAUACAACUGCGUUCCGGCACGGAUCUUUCUGCAUCAAAUAUUUGCCAAGCUCAUCUUGGAGAUGAUAGUCAAGACGUGCUCAAAGGCUGAGUGGAUCAACGGCUGGAUCGUGUAUUCACUCGAGGACGGAGAGCCUGAGCUCAUGAAUGCCAUCGAUGCGGGCGUCGAAGGAUCGACUCAGAAGCUGCAGAACGCCAAAGCUCGUGCAGAGCGCCAGGCGAGAUCGUCUGAUGAGGUCAACUCGCCAGAGCGAAGAGAACACAAGCGAGUUGUGAGCAGGGCGCAAGAUGCAAUGGACGAAGCCAUGCAAGAGGCGCAACGUUUGAGCCAGAUGAUUGCCGAAGAGGAUGCGAAGCGCUUGAAGGAGCAGCAGCGACACAGCACAUCUACAUCCACGCUCAACGACGAUCAAUCCGAGAGCACUACCCAGGGAAUCGUGACACCCACUUCUUCACAGAGCGAAACGCCGGCAGAGUCGGAACUCCACGACUUGGGCAUCUCAGGCUUGUCCGCACGAUCGUUCUCAGAAGUCGCCCCUGCAUCACCUCCGCAGGCAGUGGACGAAACACAGAAACAGGAAGUCAAAAGAGCGUUCACGAGCUUUGAUCAGCUCGUGCCCAACAACCCUCCGACCGCUCUUCAGAGUAACCCGGCUGCAGUAGAGACCCCACCACCUCUCACACUUCACAACGCGACAAUGUCCAUUUUCGAUGAUAGUAUGCCAAACGAGAAGGGAACUAUCAAGAACCGACCAACCACCGAGUAUCUUAUACAAAUAGAGCCAAAAUCUCAUCAUCAUUCUGGAUGGAUGACUGCUCGCAAGUACACCGAGUUCGAGACUCUGCACGAAGUUAUUCGACGUAUUGCGGCCAUUACGGGCACCACGGGUUUCACGGAAGCACAUAAGAUUCUACCACCAUGGAAGGGUCACACGAAGGCUUCACUCCGAGGAGAGCUCGAGAGGUAUCUGAACGAUGCAGUCAAGUACAAGCCCCUGGCCGAAAGUGAAGGAAUGAAACGCUUCCUGGAAAAAGAGUUGGGCUCGGGUAAAACACCCAGUGGCGGCGGCUUCCCUGGCAUUGGUUGGGCAGGUCAGACCUUCGACACCAUGGGUAAAGGCAUGAUCGAUGUCAUGACCAAGGCGCCCAAGGAGGUCGCAGGAGGCGGCAAAGCUCUCUUCGGAGGAGUCACUGGCGUUCUGGGCAGCAUUGCAACACCACUGUCAGGGUCGAAGAAGCACCGCGAUACCAUCACGAGUGCUAGCAAUGUGAGCACACCACCCGACGAUAUCUCGGAGUUGCCGACGCACAUUCGUACUGAGAGUUCGCUGUCACUGGCCACAAAGCGCACGUCAAUCGAUUCAGCCAGGUCUCCGGUCAUCGAUCAGCAACCGCAGCGGGAGGCGCCCAUGGAGCGCAGGCCAUCAUACAAUCCUGACGGCGACGGCAAACGAUCUGGCAUGUCUUCAAGACUCGGCUCGCGCAGCAACAGCCGCGCACCGAGUGUCAGGGAGAGCUUCGAUCUCAGCCCCGUCAUGGGCGGCGAUCAACUCAUGAAUCUCCCACCAAUGCCCAGCGAGAUAACUGACGACUACUCGACAUCCAAAACUCCACCUGUUGAAGCUGCGAUACACGCCCGCAACCCCUCGCGUGCAUCCACAACAUCCUCCUCCCAACCCAACGAAACCAUCCCACCACUUCCCCGCCGCCCAUCGGCCACUUCACUCACACCCUCCACAUCCAAGCUCCCAGCCCCAACAACAUCCCCCACAAAGCCCAAGCAGCAUACCCCCCUCACCGAAACCGAAACCACGGUGCUAAUCGAACUCUUCUUCGCCGUCAUCAACGAACUCUACACCCUCUCCUCCGCCUGGACCCUCCGCCGCACCCUCCUCAACGCCGCAAAAACCUUCCUCCUACGCCCCGGAAACCCACAACUCUCAUCUAUAACCUCGCUGCUCCAAACCACCGCGCUCGACGCCAAUCUCUCCGACGCGGGGCUGGCGUACCACAUCCGCAAGAUGCGCGAGAACGGGCUGCCCACCGAGGAGGAAUUGAAGACCUGGCCGGACGAGAUGGGCGAGGAGGAGAAGGAGAAGUUGCGGGUCAAGGCGAGGAAGUUGGUGGUGGAGAGGGGCAUGCCGAGCGGCGAGUGGGGAGGCGGUGGGACGGGUGUUUGA